UUCUUUGGUUCUCUCCACGCUCCGAUCCUCCCAGUUCCUCUUGGUUCCCCAGGAGCACGACUUCGACCUCGACCUGGACGGCCGGAGUACCUGGAGUUCAGCCGGCGACGGCGGCCUUCAGUGGGUUUGCUUCUUCUUAGAUUGCACUGGCGGUGAUCAAGAUUUGAGGGGCGGCAAGGGACCAAAACAAGGUGUGAAGAAGCAUAUAUUGGCUGAGGCCAUGAAGGAAAAUACUUCUGUCAUCGAUUCAUCAUUAACUGAAAGUAAACAUGACUUAGAGAACUCUGAUGAUCAAGAAAGCUCAUUUGACAAGGAUAAUGAAGAAUACAAUGCCAGUACAAGGGGAGAAAGAUUUCAUUCUUUUAGUGGGGUAGACAGUUCUAGCCUUAUGCAUAAUGAAAAGAAUACAACAAGAUAUUUCAUCAUAAAGAGUUUGAGCCAUCAAAACAUUCAAUUGUCAAUUGAGAAAGGCAUAUGGGCAACUCAAGUAAUGAAUGAGCCAAUUCUGGAAGAGGCAUAUCAUAAUUCUGAUAGAGUGAUUCUAAUAUUUAGUGUCAACAUGAGUGGUUUCUUCCAAGGGUAUGCCCAAAUGAUGUCUUCUGUGGGUUGGAAGCGAGACAAAAUUUGGAGUAAAUCAAGUGGUGGAAAUAAUCCUUGGGGCCACACUUUCAAAGUUAAAUGGUUACGAUUGCAUAACCUGCCUUUCCAGAAGACACUUCAUCUCAAGAAUCCCUUGAAUGAUUAUAAACCUGUGAAGAUUAGCAGGGAUUGCCAGGAGCUAUCCAAAGAUGUUGGUGAGGAUCUUUGUGGGCUGUUUGAUGAAGUAGAUAUUAAAUGCAAACUGAAAAGGAAUUAUAGUUUAAUGGAUGAUAUUAUUCCUAAAAGACCUUGCAGAAAUUUUCCACUUCAUUUACAAGAUGAAGAUUGUAUGCUUUCUAUUCCCUCAUCAAAUUUAGGAUGUUCUGGUGCAACUGUGUUGGAUCCACCCUUCUAUCAGCAUGUCGUUCAACAUGGAGAGUGCAGCGGCUUUUUGAAGCCUGAAAGAUCUCACAGGAUCUCUUUUCUUCAAAACUCACCAUCACACUUGGAAUCACAAAAGAUCUCUAAGAUGAAGCAACCCAGAGUUGACAGAGGUCUAGAUAAUAGACAAACUGACAAAGAUAUAACUGAUGAGAGAAAUUUACCUGGAUCAUUUUCUGAAGAUGAUAUUCUCAAUAUGGUGCUGUAUGAUCAGAGAACAACAUACUUGCUGCUCCUCCUGUCAGGAACAACCGUGCAACUCAAUAAAAUUUGGCCCAGCUUUUUCAGCAAGUAACUUUAACAUGAACUCGUUUUGCAAUAAGAAUUAUUUAAUUCAGCACUGAUGAUGGGGCCCUUAGUGCUAGACCAGCAAAUUAUAUGGAUAUAAGCAAGACAAAUUUUGGAUCUGAUUAGAUCUGAAUAUUUAUCCUUUUCCAUAGCCAAAACAAUGAGAAAGUAGAUGGAAAAAGAAGAGUUUGAACUGAGAAGAAUAAGAAAAGAGAGAUGGGAGAUAAUAAUAGAGGGUAAAAUCUCCACAGAGGUGUCACUUUAUUCAAUAAAAUUCAUAAAUCAUACAUAAUUCAUUACUCCUAAUGGAUCCAUAUUUAUGGGCACUCAAACAACCCUAAAAAAAAUGUCUUAAUCAUAAAAGGACUCCUAACUGACUUAGGUUAUUUUACUCAGUAUAGGACUUUUGAUCGAUGUAAAACUCUGGACUUUCUACUAUUAAGAAAUUCAUGAUUCUAUAGGAUCCGCAAUCCCACAUGAAAGACCAUCAAAAUCUUUGGAAAUCACAAUUCUAAUGAAUGGAAAAUUUUUCUUAUCUAACCUAGACCUAGAAUUGGAUUUUUAGAUGAUAGUCCUACUCAUGACAGGACUCAAAAGCCCCCUUAGAAAAAUAGUUUUGAAAAACAGUACGAAAAUUACAAGAAAAUAGAAAUACUUAAGCUACUACUAAGAGUCGAUAAACCAGAAUAUUAAUUAAACUUAAUUUGAACUUAAAUUACAUCAAACGCUUCUGCUCCACGGAUAUCAUCCCUGAGAUCCUUUGAUAUCUUCUAUAUGAUGUUUGCAUGCUCAAUCCACAGUUGGAUCUCCAGAAUUUGAUGGUGAAGUCCACAAAUGAUUUUCUUGCAAUCAGUCCAUCAAAUGGUUUCUUUAGUAUAUUUCAAUCAAUGGUUCCAAUGCCUCCAAUCACAUAAUAGAUGUUGAAUAAUACAUUUUAUUUUAAAUGAUUGAAAUCUGUGGUUGUUCCAAGGAUGGAUUGUCAAUGAUUAGUUCUAGAAUUUGUUGCUUUAGUUGUAGGUGAUCAACUCUUUGAAUUAAUGGAUCUUCAAUGAAAAUAACUUUAGAUGGGUGAUCUUCAACCUUUUGGACUUUGUCUUUAUCCUCAAUCUUCAAAUCUACAUAUAGAGGAUCUUCUAUGGUGGGUUCUUGUUGUGGUGCUUUUGCUUUGAAGGUCUCAAUCAUAUUUUGUGUCCCAACCUACAUAUGAUCAGCAGAUUCCUUCGAUUGAUCAUACUCUUCCGGUUGCUAAUGCCACCCCAUAUGUUGUUUUUAUUCUCUUUAUUGUUGGAUUCACUCUUCAUCUUGUCGAUGCCUUGUUUCAGGAUCAAUUUGCCACCACUUAAAGAUGGUCGUGAGGCUCUGAUACCAUUUGAUGCAGCCCGUUUGUGCUAAACUGCAAAUCAUAGAGAUAUGAUAAAAGACAAAUAUCAGACCUGAUUAGAUUUGAAUACUUAUCCUUUUCCACAGCCAAAACAAUGAGAAAGCAUAAGGAAAGAUAAGGGGUUGAAUAAAGGAGAAGAAGAAUAGAGAGAAGAGAGAUAAUACUAGAGGGUAAUAUCUCCAUGGAGUCACUUCAUACAAUAAAAUUCAUUAAUCGUACACAAUUCCUCAUUCCCCAUGGAUCCAUAUUUACAAGUACUCAAACAACCUUGAAUUAACAUUUCCUAAUUAUAAAGGGCUCCCAGCUGACCUAUAAUGUACCUAGGUUAUUUGACUCAAAUUCAAACUCCUAAUCAAUGAAAAACUCCAUCAUUAAAAAAAAAAACCAUGACUUCAAUAUUAAUACAUUCAUAAUUCUGUAGGUUCCCAAAUUAAAGACCGUCAAAAUCUUUCUAAAUCACAAUCCUAAUGACCUUAAAACUUUUCUAACCUAACAUAGACUUGAAAAUAGAACCUUUUGGAGGACAAUCCUAUUCAUAAUAUGACCAAAAACCCACUAGAACCAGAGCAAAUUUAAUAAAAGUAGGAAACUAACUAAACCUAAUUUAGUCGUAAACUACAUCAACUAACCUAUGAAGUUGAGAGAAUGAUUCUGAAUUCUCGGUCAUGGACUAUGAUACUGUCUAUGAUUGACCUUGUUAAUUUUAUUUACGAUAGUUAUGUUAGAUCUAAAGAAAAGAAGUUAGACAGCUGUAAGAGGAAACUUGAGAUGACAUUUGGGUCUCAAAAUCUUUAUCAUUGUUCUCAAUCUUGCUGCCUCUGCAACUGCAAAUGCCAAGCUACAGCAUAUCUUUCCUGCAUGCUAAAAUAUUUCUUU